ACGAACAUUAUUGCUUCACCUUCUCUGUAUGCAGACCUGAUAAUCAAUGCCAAGAAGCUCGGCGUGACUCUGACAACACUAAAAGUUGGGGCAGUCGGUGGAGCCCCCUGCACCCAACAGAUUAUCCAGGGCAUGAUGGAUACUUUGAAUAUCAGGCGAGUCUGUCCAAUGUAUGGGAUGACAGAAAUAGGUUUCUUCUUCGUGGGCAGGUCAGGUGACAGUUUGGACAAGAUAGCUUCCACUGUGGGACGCAUCUGUGAUCACAUGGAGGCAAAAAUUGUGGACCAAGAUGGGCAGAUGGUUCCAAUGGGUUCAAAAGGGGAGCUCUGGGUCAGAGGUUAUUCAGUCAUGCUAGGUUACUGGGAUGAUGAAGAACAAACACGCGAAUUCAUUCGACCAGAUGGAUGGACGAAAACUGGGGACCAGUUUAUUCUGGAUGAGGACGGAUAUGGACGCUGUGUGGGUCGAAACAAGGACAUGAUCAUCAAAUUUGCUGACAAAGUUUUUCCAGUGGAGUUGGAAGAAUUCUUCCAGAAUCAUCCAGAUGUCCUAGAGGCUGUGGUAUUUGGAGUGCCAGACCCAAAGGUUGGGGAGGAAAUCUGCGUAUAUCUUCGCCUGAAAAGUGGAAUCAAACUUACCGAUCAGGACAUUAUCAACUACUGCAAGGAUAAGAUUGCAGCUUAUCGAAUUCCAGGGUACAUCAGGUUCAUUGAAGAGUUCCCAAAGACGCCGAUGGGGAAGGUUAUCAAGGCCUCCCUCCGCAAUGCACUAAUAACAGAGAUCCAACAGGUGGCUGUGGUGAAGGAACAGCAGACAAAUUGAGCUGAGAAGCAGACUUAGGGAAUUUGUAUUAAUUUCAACAUGCUGAAUCUUUAUAACACAUGAAACUGCCAUUAUUGUUAAAUAUUUUAAAUGUUUUUUCAGUGUUACCGAACAAUUAUUAGAUUAAUUAAUUAAUUGUGUGUUAUUCUCAUCCCCAGGAUACUAAUUAAUUAACACGCAUUUACCUUCAAGAAUAAUUUUGCAUUAAAUAAGAGAUAAAUGUUACUGACUAGACAUGAGGUUUGAAUUGGCAAUUGGAAUUAUUUGAACAUUUGUAUCUUGUUAACGACAGGUAUCUGUAACAGUUACACAGAUCUGCACACUUUACAGAUCACUGUACUGUAGCGCACAUAAAGUCUUGUUGUCUUCAGUAGCCGUUGCCUGGUAACGGAUCUCAACAGUGUAGAUUCCUCAGCGUCCCUACUGAUAUACUUACUGGUUGGCAACUCUCUAGCAACUUGCUCAUGGCAUCACUAGCCAUCCCUGACUACUCACUGGCUCUCAACUGCCUAGCUUUUCCUGAUGGCCCUUGCUAUAUAGCCUCAGGAUGGACUGCAUAGAAAACACUGCUUCCAACAUUUCCUCUUUUGUUUUGCAUGUGGACAUUGCCACGAUAUGUGUUUACUGAGCCGUUAUGUAGCAGCGGGCGAUGUCUCAGUAAUCAUGUCACAGUGUCAACAGGGAAGAGGGGAUACAGGGUGUGCUGUGAGUCAUUCAAGUGACAGUGGUACCUAAGAAGUACAUAAGAUGGCUGACAAACUGAAAUGUAUCUUCUGGUGAAUUUAUAAUGAAAUUGUUAUGAUAAGUCAGUUAUGAAAAUAAUCUUGAUAAUACACAACAUGGACACAGGUUUAAUCAAGACCUUGAAAACUGCUAAAAAUUAUAAGAUAUUAUUGUAUUCUUUAACAUAGAAUAUACUCUUAGUAGCUUCUAUAUUUAA